AUGAUCGCCGCUCGUGAGACAGGUCCUGGACCUGGACGCUACAGCUUGCCUCCAACAAUUGGAUUUAUCAACCAUGAUUAUACCCGCUUCGCCAGCCCGGCUUACUCCUUCCACCAGAGGCUGAGUAACAGUAUACAUGUGAAAGAUUCAAGUCCUGGCCCCUGUUACUACGUGGAACCAGAGCUCACGCGGUUUGGCAGGACGAGAGGUCCAUCUUAUUCCAUGUUGUCCCGAGCGAAACCUCGAGCCAGUUUUCCUCAGUCUCCUGGGCCAGCCACAUACAGUCCAGAGAGGGCCCCUCCAGCCUCCUGGCAGCGCGCCCCAUCCUUCUCCAUUGGUUCCCGCACCAAGUGCCCUGUGGUGGACGCUGUCCCUUCGCCUAACAGUUACACCCUGCCUUCCCUGCUUGGCCCUCGCGUCCCCAUCAAGCCCUCCAGCCCUGGUUUCACCAUCUCUGGCUGCAACACCAGAGGCAGCUACUCGGAGGACCUCUCCCAAACCCCAGGCCCGGGUUGUUACAACACCACGGAUCCCAGCGUGUAUUUGUGCCGCCCGCCAGCAUUCUCUAUGCUUGGGAGGACCACGAAGCCGACCAGCCCUUUCCACACGCCGGGGCCGGGGGCCCAUAGCCCGGAGAAGGUGAGGGUUCAUAAAAAGAGAGCGCCUUCUUACUCGCUUGGAGUCCGUCACUCGGACUACCUUAUGCCUCUCAUGACAGAGCCUCCAGAAUGGUAG